GACGAGCUGAGAGAUAAGGUGCUGUUCUUGGGGAAGGAAGCUGAGAGUGUGCAGGAGGACUUGCCCCAGAGGGCUGGAGCCUAGGACGGGGUUGUGGUGGACGGGGCGGGGCGGGGUCAGGGGGUGCCUGGACCCAAGGCUCACCUGCGUCUGCAUGGGGACCCCCUCCGCCCCUCCAGACAGCCUGCGCUCAGAGAGGCCUGAGACCGGCUCUGUCCUUGCUGAUCAGCGAGAGCUCUUGGGUGAGUCAUUUAACCUCUGAGACUCAGGCUCCUCUGCGUAAAACGGGGACAAAAAGAAGUAAUUACAGACUUGCAGGGAGGAGUAAAUGAGAUAAUAGAGGUGGAAACAUUUCAUACAUGGUGAGACACUGCACAAAGUCAACGCUUUUAGGAUGAACUUUUUUGCAUGGACUUAGGGCGCUGAAGUAGCCUGUCUUCCAGUCCUGAACUAGCAGUCAGCAGCCCCGUGUCUGAGCCUCUCUGAGCCUCAGUGUCGCCUUCUGAGGCCGCAUCAAGGGGAGGGGUCAGCACUGACAUCGUUCCAAUCCUUCCUGCAGGCCUCACACCAGCCAGCAGCUUCUCACCGCCUGCCCUUCCCUGUGAGGAGAGGGCUCUGUCCCGCAUCCCCUCCGGUCUUCAAUCUGCCUUCACCUCCGGCACUGACAGAUCUUCUUGGCAAAGCUGCCUCCAAAGAUUCCUGCUAACGCUUGUCUGUUCCUGCAUCUUGCAAAGCAUGGCGCCCACGGCAUCUUAAACCCAGAUUGUCUGCAGCUGCUCCGGUGGACACUGCAGCUUCGCCCUCCUCCCUCUGGACUCCGGGAGCUGCGCCCGUCCUAGCGAUGCCCUCGAGACCCUCGGCCCCAGCUGGGUGAGACCCUUCCAGAGCAGGACCCGACCUUGCCACCCACCAAGACUCCCACGGUGCCCUCCACCACCCCCCAUGUCUGGCUGCCCAGGCAGGUUCUAGAAUGUCUGUGCCCCAGAUCCGAGGAGAAGACGCAGCCAGUGGGGAAGAAGGGCCGGCAGGCGCAGCCCCGCCUCCCGAUGACCACCUCCGGAGCCUGAAGGCCCUCACGGAGAAACUGAGGCUGGAGACCCGCAGGCCCUCCUACCUGGAAUGGCAGGCCAGGCUGGAGGAGCAGACGUGGCCCUUCCCGAGGCCGGUGGCCGGGCAGCGGGCCUGUGUGGAAGAGGGGCCCUCAGGCCCCCCAGGAGCGCCCAGGCGGCAUCCUCAACCUCAUGGGAUGGCCAGCCAGGAUGAUGGGGCCCCGUGCACGGGCAGGCUGGAGGGCUUCCAGAGCAUCGAUGAAGCUAUAGCCUGGCUCAGGAAGGAACUGACGGAGAUGCGGCUUCAGGACCAGCAGCUGGCCCGGCAGCUCAUGCGCCUGCGCAGUGACAUCCACAAGCUGAAGAUCGAGCAGACCUGCGACCUCCACCGGCGGAUGCUCAACGACGCCACCUACGAGCUGGAGGAGCGGGACGAGCUGUCCGACCUCUUCUGCGACGCCCCGCUCGCCUCCUCCUUCAGUCUCUCCGCGCCACUCAAGCUCAUUGGGGUCACCAAGAUGAACAUCAACUCCCGCAGGUUUUCUCUGUGCUGAGAAGCCCUAAACGGGGCGGUGGAGCCGGAAUGAGGGUUUGGGAGGUGGACGGUGGGGGGCGGCGGGGGGCGGGGCGUGGGAAGGAAGCUGAGGCCCAGGUACCCGAGCGGGUCUCCCCGGAGGCAGGGCGUCCCCAGGACCUGUGACACGUGCUCUCAGGGCCCAGCUGUGGAGCUCAGUGUCCCCAUGCCUGGCCCUGGUUUAAUACCCAAAGAGUCCUGCAGAAGGGCUGCCGCAUCCGCUGUUCAGUGAGACCUGGGUCCCCAGGGCACACGUCUCAUCCUCCCCUUAGUGACCCACAUUCCUGUUUCCGGAAUCACUGGUGCUAUGACCUGGGAACCCAAAGGGGGACCAAAGCUGUGAUUCUUGCAGAAGGCUUCCCCAGGUGCACCGACCCCCAGGGGGAGGUGAUUAGAUGUCAGCCGCGCCCAUGUCACUGUUGCUGUCCUCUAAGUACUGGCUCAAAUUCACCCUAAGUGGGUGACUCAGCAGCCUCGACAGGGACCCACCAGCAAAGGAAGACCAAAAGGAAUAACACGUGGAGCUUGGGGAAGCCGGCCCCAGAGCCGCAGCCAGUGCCCCGGAUGAGGUCUCCGACCUCGGCCCUACAAGUGCGGGGUACACUGUUUCCAGUGUGUGUGGUCCCACCAGUGUAGCUGGGGGGAGCAGGCACACCCGCCCUCUGCUGCCCGUUCUGGCCACGUACACCAGUCCCAACCUCCAAAGAGCCCCUUUGCUGCCACGCUACAACCCUGGGGAGCACCUAGGAGUGGAUUUCCCCGGGGAGGGGGGGCAGCAGAGGCCUCCUGGUGUAUUCCGACGGUGUCACCUCCGUCACCUUCGUGCCCUCCCCAGAAGCUCGCCCUGAGCCUCCACUGAGAUUCUGUGCCUGACUUAAACAACUAAUUUUAAUUGAAUCAGACUGUUACUAACCUGUGGCUAACUUGUCAAUAACUGUUUGAUUUUUGUCCAAAUGGCGAAGCCAGUGGGUAGGUCAAGUACAGAGGUUCAGGGUUUGAUUUUAGAAGAUUCUCCCUCAAGACAAGUGGGAGGAUCGGCAAGGUAAGGACUGAGACCUCAGCAAGUUAGGAAGUUACCCCAGUAGAACGCCCCGUGCGGGGGGUGGGGGUGGGGUGGGCUGACCUUUGACCCAUCUAGCCGAGCCCUCUGCUUCAUAAGGGAGUGAGGCCGGGGGAGGGGAGUGGUCUCCCUCAGGCUCCGCGGCUCUUUAGCGGCUGUAGAAUAUUGAUGUGUUAAUAAUAAUCAUUGUUAAUUACGCUACACAGAUCACGUAUCCAUGAACUUGAACUCCAAAGAUGGUACUAAUGCUUUGCCAAACCCACGGACUGCCAACUGCCACUCUCCACUCACUCAGCCCCGUCACCGCGCCCCCCGCCCCCCCCCCCCCCCCCCCCCCCCCCCGCCGAGUUACCAGUCCUACUGCGUCCGGGUUCCAUUGUCGAUGUGAGGCGUCCUGUUGCUCUGUCUUUCAUGCUUCGUCUUCCUGUAGAAUUUCAGUGGGGCCCAGGCGCGCUCACACACACACACCAUGACCCACACUGGGGAGCGGUUGCUUUUCUCUUGUGGGCCAGGAGUGGGAGUUUGUGGAUGACCGGUCCCUAGUUAGAAAAGAAUUUGGUGUUUUCUUGUGGCUUCCAAGAGCCGAAGGGUUUACGCUUCCUUCAAAGACGGUAUUACCAUGUAGCCAAGAUCUGUUUUUCCUUCGGCUCUGAGCAGUGGCAGAAGUCUGAGGCGCAGAGCAUUUGUCCAUGAAGAAGCCCUCGGUGGAAGGCUAGGCCUCCUCAGGCCGGCUCCUCCCCAGGCAGGAAGGAGAGAGGUUUUCUCUAGUUAGUUGAUGCCUCUCCUCAGGGGUUCUGUCUGAGCGCUGCCAAGUCCUACAGAGGCGUGCCCGCCAGCCGUCCUCCAGAAGAACCCUUGAGGUCUUGAGGUGGCCGGCCAGCCUGCACACACGCUCACUCUUCAGAGACGUGCACAUACACACACUUGAACCCACACAGGCAAGCGCAUUCCACAACUGAAAAGAGGGCCAAACUGAUUAGUUUUCUUUCUAGGAACCAGUCAUUACAGUAACUAAAAAAGCUGGGUCCGGCCACAGCUGAGUGGUUUACCUGAAUUUCGUCAACCCAGUUGAGUUGGAGUCAACUGGGCAAUUUAGUUGCUCAGUUGACCUAAUGAUUCUUUGAGAUCGAGAACACUUGAUGGAAUAGGUUUUGCAAUAGGCGCACUUUUUGGAAUAGGUUAGAUGUCUCAGCUUUUGUGCUUAGUUCAUGCCAAGGGAAUUUUAUUUUGGGAUAAGGGGGGAGGAGAAGUCAGGAAGAGAAGUGCGGGGAAAAGACAGGUGUGUUUUCUUACUCACUGUCCAGUGUCUGUUAGCGUCCUUAUUUCCAUGGCGAACACAGGCAACUAACCAAGUCAUUUAGGCUUUGUGAAGUCCCUGCCUCCUGUGGGUCAAGAAACGCCUGAGUCAGUCGCAGCCUAACCUGCGUGCCCAGCUCCCCAGGGCAGCCUUCCAGCUUUACCACGUGUAUACGAUACUGUUGCAGUUUUACUCAUUAUCUACCCAUCUCCCUGCCAUCCCUCAAGGACCCCUGGGUGUAAAACUCGAAGUCUCCAUGACACUGCCUCGCAGGGUGAUGCCUGACGCCUUCGUGGGCUCAGCGGUGAUCACAGGCCUGGGGAGCCCGGGCAAGCUUGAGAUGACCUGACCCAGCCUCAGGCCUCCUCCCUGUAGCAAUACCAAGUGCUAUUACGUAAUCGAUGGACAAUUUAUAAUUUUAUUUUUUAUGAUUGUUUGUUUCUAUAUUGCUGUUAGAAAAAGUGAAAUUAAAAUAUUUCAAAAGAA